AGGCGCUUCUGCUGGAGCGGGGCCCCGGCCGACCCCCGAACCCCCACACCCCCCCGCGGGCGGGGCUCCUCUAGCUCCAGCCCGCGCGGGCGGGGCCGCGGCCUGUGGGAUGGCCGCCUCCGCUGGCGCUGCUGCACAGGCCAGGGGCAAAUGCGAGGAUGCGCCCUGCCCAGCGGCGGGCCCCAGCGGCACCAGCAUCUGCGAGGUGCCCGUUGAGGAGGUCUGGCCGCUGCGGCACGUGGUCAUGUGGCCCGAGAAGGACCUGGAAUUCGUCAAGGUUCCUGGGGACGAAGGCCCGCGGGCCCGCCACUUCGGUGUGCGGGCCGAGGACGGCAGGCUCACCAGCGUCGUCUCGCUCUUCGAGGAGGGCGCGGCGGCGGCAGGCGACGAUCCAGAGGUUCGCGCCGGCGAGGCUGCCGGGGCGCCGCUGGUGGAGCGCCCGGAGCGCGCCGCACAGUUUCGGAAGCUGGCCACGCUGCCCGAGUUCCGGCGGCGGGGGCAGGCCGGGGCGCUGGUGCGGCGGUGCAUCGAGGAGGCGCGCGCCGCCCAGGCGCGGCGGAUCUGGUGCAACGCGCGGGCGGAGCAGGCUCAGUUCUACGCCAAGUUGGGCCUUCAGCAAACUGGACCUCUGCGCAGCGUGAAAUCGUGCGUCAACAUCUCAGUUGCACCUUUACUGCGAACGCAAGUAGACACAUGUUGUCAUUCACAUAGACAUGUGUUAUUCUGCUGCCUGCGACACGCCAGCCACCGUGCCAGUGCAGCAGCGCUGCGUCAAGCAGGUUGAGUUAUAUAAUGAUAUCUGCAAUUCAGCGCGCGGUCUGAAUUCGAUUGGGUUAAACAUCGACCGUGUUCCCUGAAUCCUUCUCGUUUGGGCGUGGUCAGUAUUCUGGUCUGUAAGCUUUUUGAGGGCGCGCGAUGGUUCUGGUCCAAUGUAUUAUCAGACCACCUCACCUUUGCACUACGACUGGCCCAAGCACAGGUCAGGUCUAGCACCUCCGCGGUAUUAUUCCUUGUCUAGCUGAGUGCGACGCGCAUGAGCAAACUUUAGGUCAGUGGGUACAGAAUUGACUGCAUGGAAUGCGGGCGUAGUCGUCUUUUGUCGGGGGAGUUCACGCUGCACCAUCACCAUGGGUUGCACCGGACCGAGCGUGUAAGCCUUUUCAGGAGAAGCCUUCGCGCGCGAGGGUAAGCAGUUUGUCAUCAUGGAGCUAGUCUUGGAGCCGUUGGACGAGUGACGAUGGCGACUGAUGAUCUCACCAGCCGGCGGCUGUCUUGUGCGCAAAAGUCCCUCGCAACACCCGAUGAGACCAUGAUGUGGUUGUCGCGAUUUGUUUGGCCGCAGGUAUAGCGAGGUUUGCACAAUGAGACGCGGUACAACGGUGUCUUCUUUGUGAGCCAGUCCCGUCAUCGGUUGCGUGCUUCACACGUGACGUGAGCGCGAAUUUGUUCGCGAGUGCUAUGGCUGCCAGUGCUUCCUGGACCAAUCGAGA